AGGCGCAUACUUGGUGGGCGUAGAAGGAGAGUUGGUAUAGAAGGCACCGGGUUCUUGGCGUUCUAGAGGCUUGUGCUUGGUGUCUUACUAACCAGACUCCCCAGGCUGACCCCCAGGUGGUACUUCCCUGCACCUUUAGGGUGAAGAGACUUUAGCUUGGAAUGUAAACAUAAGCAGGCUCUGAACCCAGAGUGAUGAUGCGAGCCUGUGACAACGUUAGCAUUUUCCAGUGCUGAUAGCUCGCCUUUCUUUCACUGUUCUUCACCUUCUACUUCUCACCCCCAUCUCAUUUAGGACUUGAACCCCAUGCUACCUAAACCCUGGAGCAACUUAUGUUGAACCAUAUUUGCUCAACGGUGUAAGUCAGAUCUAAGGGCUUAAAAAUGUUCACAAACCACUUGGAUCUGCAGCAGUUUACUUCCUAAAAAGUAUGGAGCCAGAGCCUCCGAUUGUCUGGGCCCCAUAAAUACGGACUCAGAGAGUUGACAUGUUGAACAUCCAGUGCACGCCAGGCAUGGCUGGGUCCGGGUGUAACAAAGAUGCGGUGGGCGGGGGGCACACCUGAGGGUGUUAUCGUAGGAUGCUGGGUGCUGGGGUGCCCAGGGGAAGGACCACUGAAAGGUUUCCGAGUGGCGUCCUUUCCCACGGGUUCUUCACUCCGGGUGAAAGAUCAUGCCCCUGGGGGGACCUGUGCUGAGGAGAGGAGCCAUCCGUGUGUUUGGGAGACGCCGGACGAUUGGCGGACCCGGAGCAGAGGGAGCAGAGGUGCCUGUCAGGUCGCGGUGGGCAUUGUGGAGACUGGACAGGCUGGCGCCUUGGGCAGAGUCCACGUGAGCCGGUAGGCGUCGGCAGUGAAGCUGUUGGCAGACGCUGGGCAGCAGUGAGGGUGUGAAACCCAAAAGGCUGCCUAUUGUUUCAAGAAAUCAGGCCUCAAAAGGAAGCAGAGACGGGCCAGGGCACGGGUCUGCGUUUGCGCAUGUGCAUGUAUGCAAGACGUGGCCACUUGGUAGGCAGGAGGCAGAGGGUGAAGUUUCCAGACUCUUGGAAAAGGCAGUAGGAUCCGGAGCAGAAUGGAGGCAUUUUCCGGGAGACGGGUUGAGCGCAGUGAAGCUAAAGAUGCUUGGAGGGCCAGGGGAGGGAGACAGGUUAUUCAGCUUCUAAAGGCUGGGAAGGCUAAGGAAGUGUCCUACAAUGCACUGGCCUCGCACAUCAUCUCAGAGGACGGGGACAACCCGGAGGUCGGGGAGGCCCGGGAAGUCUUUGAUUUACCUGUUGUGAAGCCGUCCUGGGUGGUUCUGUCUGUGCAGUGCGGAGCGCUCCUGCCAGUCAAUGGAUUUUCUCCAGAGUCCUGCCAGACCUUUUUUGGAGUCAUAGCCUGCCUGUCUCAGGUGUCACCUGAAGACAGGAGCGCCCUGUGGGCCCUGCUGACCUUCUACGGGGGCGCCUGCCAGCUGAGCCUCAACAAGAGGUGCACACACCUGGUCGUGCCGGAGCCGAAGGGGGAGAAGUACGAGUGUGCCCUGCGGAGAGCAAGUAUCAAAAUCGUGACCCCCGACUGGGUCCUGGAUUGCAUAUCCGAGAAAACCAAAAAGGAUGAAGCGUUUUAUCACCCUCGCCUAAUCGUUUAUGAAGAGGAGGAGGAGGAGGAGGAAGAGGAGGAGGAGGUAGACAAUGAGGAGCACGGCUCCCCGAACGAGGGCAGUACGGAUGACAAGUCGAGCCCUGCCAGUUCUCAGGAAGGGUCCCCUUCAGGGGACCAGCAGUUCUCUCCCAAGUCAAACCCUGAGAAAGCUAAGGGGGAGCUGAUGUUUGACGAUUCCUCAGACUCAUCCCCUGAGAAGCAAGAGAGAAACCUGAACUGGACCCCUGCAGAGGUCCCCCAGGUGGCGGCGGCAAAGCGCAGGCUGCCCGUGGGCAAGGAGCCCGGCCUGAUCAACCUGUGUGCCAACGUGCCACCCGUCCCCGGGGGCAUCCUGCCUUCCGACAGCCGUGGGGGCCUGAUGGCCUCGGGACCGAACCUCCAGAGUUCCGAGAGGUCAGACAUGCUGGCCGCCUGGAACCCCGCCGUGCGGACGCUGAGAAGCAUCCCUGGCAGCGCCGACGGUCAGCAGGUGAGCAGGCCGUCCAGCGUGGCCCACAUCUUACAGUCCCUUUCAGCACCUACAAAACAUAUUGAGCAGCAGGUGAAUCACAGCCAACAGAGCCAUGCGAACACCAAUGCAGUGCUCUUCAGCCAAGUGAAAGUGCCUCCAGAACCACAGCUGUCCCAGCAGCCGCCGCAGCACCCCGUCCUGCACCUGCCACCCCAGCAGAUCAUGCAGCUUCAGCAGCCACCGCAGAUUCCACAGCAGCCGCCACACUCGUUCCCGCAGCCCCAGCCAGUCCCUCCGCACCCGUUCCCACAGCCGCAGCCUCACCGCCCGCAGCAGCUCCAGCCCCUGCAGCAGCAGCAUGCCCUGCAGCACCAGCUGCACCAGCUGCAGCAGCAACAGCUGGCACAGUUACAGCAGCAGCAGCUGCAGCGCCUGCACCACCAGCAGCAGAUGCAGACGCACGCAGCACAGCACCUGAGUCAGACGCCGCAGGUGCUGCAGCACCAGGCUUCGCAGCACCAGGCUCCGCCCCUGCAGCCUCAGCAGCCACACCUGCCCCAGCAGCCUCACCUGUCCCAGCAGCCUCAUCUGCCUCAGCAGCCUCACCUGCCCCAGCAGCCUCAUCUGCCCCAGCAGCCUCACCUGCCCCAGCAGCCUCACCUGCCUCAGCAGCCGCUCUUCGGACACGACCCAGCAGUGGAGAUUCCAGAAGAAGGCUUCUUGCUGGGGUGUGUGUUCGCCAUUGCGGAUUACCCAGAGCAGAUGUCCGAUAAACAGCUGCUGGCCACCUGGAAAAGGAUCAUCCAGGCGCACGGCGGCGCCGUGGACCCUGCGCUCUCCGGCCGCUGCACACACCUGCUCUGCGAGAGCCAGGUCAGCGGGAUGUUCGCACAGGCCCUCAGGGAGCGGAAGCGGUGUGUCACGGCGCACUGGCUCAACACCGUGCUCAAGAGGAAGAAGCUGCUGCCCCCGCGCCGCGCCCUGCACUUCCCCGUGGCCUUCCCCCCCGGGGGCAGGCCCUGCUCCCAGCACAUUAUUUCCGUGACCGGAUUUGUUGACGGUGACAGAGAUGACCUGAAGUUAAUGGCCUACCUGGCAGGGGCCAAGUACACGGGCUACCUGUGCCGCAGCAACACGGUCCUCAUCUGUAAAGAGCCAACUGGUUUAAAGUACGAGAAAGCCAAAGAGUGGAGGAUCCCCUGCGUGAACGCGCAGUGGCUCGGGGACAUUCUGCUGGGGAACUUCGAGGCUCUGCGGCAGGUCCAGUGCAGCCGCUACACGGCGUUCAAUCUGCCCGACCCCUUCGCCCCCAGCCCGCACCUCGUGGUCAACCUGCUGGAUGCGUGGAGAGUCCCGCUGAAGGUGUCGGCCGAGCUGUUGACGGUUGUAAGACCACCCCCCAAACUGAAGCAGAACGAAGUAACGAACGUUCAGCCUUCUUCCAAGAGAGCCAGAAUUGAAGACAUACCGCCUCCCACUAAAAAGUUAGCCCCUGAACUGGCGCCUUCCGUGCUGUUCACAGGGUUUGAGCCUGUGCAGGUGCAGCAGUACGUCAAGAAGCUCUACAUUCUCGGGGGCGACAUUGCCGAGUCUGCGCACAAGUGCACGCACCUGAUCGCCAGCAAGGUGACGCGCACGGUCAAGUUCCUGACGGCCGUGUCCGUGGUGAGGCACAUCGUGACUCCCGAGUGGCUGGACGAGAGUCUGAAGUGCCAGAAGUUUAUUGAUGAGCAGAGCUACCUGCUGCGGGACGCCGAGGCCGAGGUGCUCUUCUCUUUCAGCCUGGAGGAGUCCUUGAAGAGGGCGCACGUGUCUCCGCUCUUCAAGGCAAAAUAUUUUUACAUCACUCCUGGGAUCUGCCCCAGCCUGUCGACUAUGAAGGCGAUCGUGGAGUGUGCGGGAGGAAAGGUGUUGUCCAGACCCCCGUCCUUCCGGAAGCUCCUGGAACACAAGCAGAAUAAGAGUCUGUCUGAGAUCGUCCUGAUCUCCUGCGAGAACGACCUGCACCUGUGCCGCGAGUACUUCGCCCGAGGCCUGGAUGUUCACAACGCGGAGUUCGUGCUCACAGGGGUGCUCACGCAGACGCUGGACUACGAGUCAUAUAAAUUCCACUGACGUCUCUGCCGUGGUGCCUGGUCCAGAGCGCAGGGUCCUGCAGGCCAGUGUCCUGUCGGCCGCGGCCGGCCUCUGCUCCCUCCCGAGCCUUCGUUUUCCAGCUGCUGCCGUAGGGACCAGCGUUUUAAAGCAGGAGAACAGUGUCAUUAUACUGCAUCUUUGAAGAUGUGUGAUUUUAUUGAGGAACAUAAAUUAUGUUUGUAUUAAAUGAUUUAAAGAGCCCCAUCAAGGUUUUACGAUUAGCCUUUGUCAGGUUUUUAAACGUUUCCCCCUUGAUGGAGCCUGAGCACCAGGUGAAGGGCUGUAAAUAGGACCUGCUGUCCCUAAAUUAUGGAUUUGAAGAUGCAAAGUGUUUUGUACUUUGUUUUUAUUCCUUCCAUGCUGUCCUUUUAUAUUGAACUCUGCCCACAUUUUAAAUAAAUGUACUUUUGAUCUUAGAACUUA